GCAUGCGUAUCCCAAAGGAUGGAGGACUCGGAACCUGAGCGGAAGAGGGCUCGGACCGAGGAGGCGACUGCGGGAGGGAGCCGCUCGGAGGAAGAGGAUGAUGAAGACGAAGACUACGUGCCUUAUGUGCCAUUGCGGCAGCGCCGGCAGCUGCUGCUCCAGAAGCUGCUGCAGCGAAGACGCAAGGGAGCAGCGGAGGAAGAGCAGCAGGACAGCGGCAGCGAGCCCCGAGGAGAUGAGGACGACAUCCCGCUGGGCCCUCAGUCCAACGUCAGCCUCCUGGAUCAGCACCAGCACCUCAAAGAGAAGGCCGAGGCUCGCAAGGAGUCAGCUAAGGAAAAGCAACUGAAGGAAGAAGAGAAGAUUUUGGAGAGUGUGGCUGAGGGCCGAGCCUUGAUGUCAGUGAAGGAGAUGGCCAAAGGCAUCACAUAUGACGAUCCAAUCAAAACCAGUUGGACUCCCCCACGUUAUGUCCUGAGCAUGUCUGAGGAGCGGCACGAGCGUGUGCGGAAGAAGUACCACAUCCUGGUAGAAGGAGAUGGGAUUCCACCACCCAUCAAGAGCUUCAAGGAAAUGAAGUUUCCUGCAGCCAUCCUUCGAGGACUGAAAAAGAAAGGCAUCCUUCACCCAACCCCCAUUCAGAUCCAGGGCAUCCCCACCAUUCUGUCUGGUCGGGACAUGAUCGGCAUUGCCUUCACGGGAUCAGGCAAAACACUGGUGUUCACACUGCCCGUCAUCAUGUUCUGCCUGGAACAGGAGAAGCGGUUACCUUUCUCCAAGCGUGAGGGACCCUACGGACUCAUCAUCUGCCCUUCGCGGGAGCUGGCUCGACAGACUCAUGGCAUCCUGGAGUAUUACUGCCGUCUGCUCCAGGAGGACAGCUCACCCCUCCUGCGCUGCGCUCUCUGCAUUGGGGGCAUGUCCGUCAAAGAGCAGAUGGAGACCAUACGACAUGGGGUGCACAUGAUGGUGGCCACCCCUGGGCGCCUUAUGGAUUUGCUACAGAAGAAAAUGGUCAGCUUAGACAUCUGUCGUUACCUGGCUCUGGACGAGGCCGACCGCAUGAUUGACAUGGGUUUUGAGGGUGACAUCCGCACUAUCUUCUCCUACUUCAAGGGCCAGCGGCAAACUCUGCUCUUCAGUGCCACUAUGCCAAAGAAGAUUCAGAACUUUGCCAAGAGUGCCCUGGUCAAACCUGUCACCAUCAACGUGGGACGUGCUGGAGCUGCCAGCCUAGAUGUCAUUCAGGAGGUGGAAUACGUGAAGGAAGAAGCCAAGAUGGUGUACCUGCUCGAGUGUCUGCAGAAGACACCCCCACCUGUGCUCAUCUUUGCAGAGAAGAAAGCAGAUGUAGAUGCCAUCCACGAAUACCUCCUUCUCAAGGGCGUUGAGGCUGUGGCCAUUCACGGGGGCAAAGACCAAGAGGAACGGACCAAGGCCAUUGAAGCAUUUCGGGAGGGCAAAAAGGAUGUACUGGUGGCCACAGAUGUGGCCUCCAAAGGCCUGGACUUUCCUGCCAUCCAGCAUGUCAUCAAUUAUGACAUGCCUGAGGAAAUCGAGAACUACGUGCACCGAAUUGGCCGCACUGGGCGCUCAGGAAACACGGGCAUUGCUACCACUUUCAUCAACAAGGCCUGUGAUGAGUCCGUGCUCAUGGACCUCAAGGCCUUGCUGCUGGAGGCCAAGCAGAAGGUGCCGCCCGUGCUGCAGGUUCUGCACUGUGGCGAUGAGUCCAUGCUGGACAUCGGAGGAGAGCGAGGCUGCGCAUUCUGUGGAGGUCUGGGACAUCGGAUCACUGACUGCCCCAAACUUGAAGCUAUGCAGACCAAGCAGGUCAGCAACAUUGGCCGAAAAGACUACCUGGCCCACAGCUCCAUGGACUUCUGAGCAGUCUUUCUUCCUCCUCUCUCCAAGUGGCUUCAGUCCCAGGACUCCAGCCAUGCUUACACAGCAGCCCCCAUGACAGGAAACCAGCAUUUUUGGCCCAGCUGGCCUGGGCCACCCUGUUGCUUCCCAGAACUGCUGUUUUUAUUUCCCUCCCCUGAGCUGCCAUUAAAGCUCACCCUGUCUUGGACCAGC